CGACCCGGAAGCUGUCGCCGGUAAACGGCCGGCCGGCCGGCGGCUUUGACCGCUUUGGGGCUGCGAAAAGCAGUUGCUCGGGCUGCCGGGACUGGCUGUGGCUGCUGACCGCGGCAGUCGGAAGGAACCCCCAAUGAGUCCGCUCCGGACAGGGACUCAGUCCGGGCACCAAAGUAAAAUAGGUGGCUGUCAUCUGUGGAAACCAUCUCUUCCUUGAGCCAUGGAGGCAGAAACAGUGUCUCCUACCCAGGAGGCUACCCCUGAGUCCAGCAGUGGCUUCGGUAAUCUGUGGAGUAGCCGGAAGCUGAUGGUUGUGGGGGUCUUGCUGGGCGGGCUACUUGUCAUCCACCUUCUGGUCAACAUGUGGCCUCUGAUCCUUCUGUGGGCAUCGUUGGUGGUGCUGGGAGGUUGGCUGGGGGCCAGUGCCAUUGCUGGGGCUUCUGGUCAAUUGCACCUGGAACGAUUCAUCACGGUCACCGCCUGUCCUCCAUGCCCCGAGGCAGAAAGGCAGCUGGAACAGGAGAUUAACUGCAUCAUCCAGAUGAUAAUCCGUGAUUUUGUGUUAUCCUGGUAUCGUUCAGUGAGCCAAGAUACAGCACUCGAGGUGGUGGUGGAGGCAGCCAUGAAGGGGCUGGUUCAGGAGCUUCAAAGGCGGAUGAGCCUAGGGGACAGCCAUGCUCUUACACAGAAGGUUCUCACUCUCUGUGGUUGUCACCUGCAGUGCUAUAUUCAGGCAAAAAAGGCCACAGCCAGGGAGCAAAACGGUUCAGUUCAGCCCUCCCAGCUGUGGGAUGCGUACUGCCAGGCCACUCCUCCCCAUCCUGCCAUGCACAGUCCUACCACUGAGGUCACCUAUGCACGUGGCAUUGUGAAUUUGUUACUUAAAGAGUUAGUGCCCAAGCCCCACCUGGAGACUAGGACUGGACGCCACAUGGUAGUCGAACUCAUUACUUGCAAUGUGAUCUUACCACUGAUCAGUAAGCUAUCAGAUCCUGACCGGAUCCACCUUAUACUUGUGAGUAUCUUUUCCAAGUAUAGACACGAUGCAGUCCAAGGAACUGAACCGCUGGGCUCAGCCAGUGUCCUAGAGCAGCCGUCAGUGCCCACCUCUCUGCCACUGGUUGUUGAAGUAGAGAGUCUGCCCACAGGAAAAGCACCUUCUCCAGUAGCAGCCCCAGUCCACAUAACCUGCAGCGAGCCAGCCCCCUCCCCAGAAGUCGAAGAAGGUCAUGAAGCUGCAGAGGGAGAUUUGUCUGGGAUGCUUGAAGAAAGAAGAAUAGGAAAUAACUCAUCCCAUUUUCUACAGCCGGAUAUUCGAGGCCCCUUGUUCUUAUGCGAAGACUCGGAGCUGGAGUCACCGCUAUCUGAACUGGGCAAAGAAACCAUCAUGCUAAUGACCCCAGGCAACUUCCUCUCUGUCAGGAUUCAGGAUGCUCUGUGUGCACUAGAGGAUUCCCGGGCUCUGGAGCCUAAGGAUGGUGAGGGAUCUGAAGGUAUGGAAGGAUCAGAAGCGGAGGAAGCUCCAGGAACAGAAACAGACACGGGCCUACUGGUCUCCAUGCUGAACUGCCCAGAGAUCCAGAUUGACACAGAAGACAAGGAGGUAGAGCAAGGAGAUGUCACCUCUCUUACGACUUCGUUAGAGGAGCCAGAAAAAUCCUGCCCUCCACGACCUUCAUGCUUGGAAAAGGAUCUCACCAGUGGUGUGAGCUCCCUUGAGCCUACUCUACCACCAGUUCCACUUUCCUCCUCUCCCCCUGGUCCUCUCAGCUCAGCCACCUUCAGCUUUGAGCCCCUGAGCAGUCCGGAUGGCCCAGUUGUCAUCCAGAACCUUCGAAUCACUGGCACCAUCACCGCCCGAGAGCACAGUGGUACUGGAUUCCACCCAUACACGCUGUACACUGUGAAGUAUGAGACAGCACUUAACGGUGAGAACAGCAGCGGCCUACAGCAGCUGGCCUACCACACCGUGAACCGCCGCUACCGGGAGUUCUUGAAUCUGCAGACCCGCCUGGAGGAGAAACCAGAUCUACGAAAGUUUAUCAAAAAUGUUAAGGGUCCAAAAAAGCUCUUUCCAGAUCUUCCAUUUGGAAACAUGGAUAGUGACAGAGUAGAGGCCCGGAAGAGCCUCCUGGAGUCCUUCCUGAAGCAACUCUGUGCCAUUCCUGAGAUUGCCAACAGCGAGGAGGUGCAGGAGUUCCUUGCACUGAACACAGAUGCUCGGAUCGCCUUUGUCAAGAAGCCAAGAAUAGACAAGAUGGUGGUGAGUGCGAUUGUGGACACCUUGAAGACAGCAUUUCCUCGCUCUGAACCCCAGAGCCCCACAGAGGAGCUGAGUGAAGCCGAGAAUGAAAGCAAGCCCCAGACAGAAGGCAAGAAGGCUAACAAGUCCAGACUGAGGUUCUCCUCCAGUAAAAUUGCUCCUGCACUGAGUAUAGACGAGGAGGAGGACAGUAUUCUCUACUGUUUCCAGGAGAAGUCAGAGAUCCUGUCUGCGAUGGAAUCCUUCAUUGAAAAACAGACAAAGUUACUGGAAAUGCAGGCAGCAGAAGUCCCAGAUAAAGAUCCCCAACAAGUCCCCAAAGAAUGUGUGGAUAACUGUUCGCGGGACACAGCUGUCGUAGCCCAAGAACCUAACAACAGUGACCCAGGAGCAGAGACAAAGUUAGCCGACACGGCCUUCGAUCUGAUCCUGCUGCUGUUAAUGGAGCAGUGGGAAUGGCUGUGUACUGAAGGCAUGAAGAAGUUGUUCUCCCUUAUUUUUGGAACUCUAGUUCAAAGGUGGCUAGAAGUACAGGUGGCUAAUCUAACGUGUCCCCAGCGCUGGGUGCAGUACCUCCGGCUUCUUCAGGAAUCUAUCUGGCCUAGUGGGGCGCUGUCUAAGUUUCCACGGCCUGGGAGGACUCAGGCACAGAAAGCAGCUACUGAGAAGCAGGCUUUGCAGAGCUUGAUGAGUAUCCUGCCAGGUUUUUUAGUAAACAUCCUGGGAGUGAACAAGUGCCGGCUGAGCUGGGGUCUGGUCUUGGAGUCAUUCCAGCAACCCCUCAUCAACAGACAUUUGAUUUACUGCCUUGGAGACCUCAUCCUGGAGUUCUUGGACAUCAGUGACUCCGUUGAGGAGCCUGCCCCAACCACCUCUGCCUCAGAUUCCCCGGGCAGCCUCAAGAGAAUGGCUGUCUCUACCUAAGAGUCAUUCACACCAUCUUCAAAGGCUUGGAAAAGAGAGCUUUCAACCACCCAGAGACCGAUUAAGAUAUCUGUGCCCUCUGGAGCUAAGCUACCUUAAUUAGCCUCCAUCUCAGGGGCUCAAUUCUCCUGCCAGAUCUCCCUUAGUAAAGGUGAUGGGCAUCAGUA